AUGACUGAUGGAGACUAUGAUUAUCUGAUCAAACUCCUGGCCCUUGGAGACUCUGGGGUUGGAAAAACAACGUUCCUGUACAGAUACACCGAUAACAAAUUUAAUCCAAAAUUCAUCACGACAGUAGGGAUAGAUUUUCGGGAAAAACGAGUGGUAUACAACAGCAGAGGACCAAAUGGAUCUCCAGGAAAAGCCUUCAAGGUGCAUCUCCAGCUUUGGGACACAGCCGGACAGGAAAGAUUUCGAAGUCUCACCACAGCGUUUUUCAGAGAUGCUAUGGGCUUUUUACUAAUGUUUGAUCUCACCAGUCAACAGAGCUUCUUAAAUGUCAGAAAUUGGAUGAGUCAGCUGCAAGCCAAUGCAUAUUGUGAGAAUCCAGAUAUAGUCUUAAUUGGUAAUAAAGCUGAUUUAUCAGACCAAAGGGAGGUAAACGAAAGGCAAGCAAAAGACCUGGCAGACAAAUAUGGCAUACCGUACUUCGAAACAAGUGCUGCUACCGGACAGAACGUGGAGAAGGCUGUGGACACGCUUCUGGACUUGAUAAUGAAGCGUAUGGAGCAGUGCGUGGACAAGACACAGGUCUCUGACACAGCCAACGGAGGAAGCUCGGGAAAGCUAGAUUCAGCAAAACCAGAGGAGAAAAAGUGUGCCUGCUAAACGUCACCUCUAAACUGUGAGAACCAAUGAAAAUAGUUCAUCAGAAUAUGGCUGACCUACCACCAAAUUCAAACCGGCUUUCUUGAGCCGUGCACAGAAGCAAAGUUACAUUGUUUUAUUGGGGUUGUGCAUUUUUCUCCAAAGAACUGGUUUAAAACUAAAAGCUGUGUUUCAGUGAGGCUCUUGUUCCUGAUACGGUGCCAUCUUAAUGGAAAACUCUCCCACCUCUUCUUCCCCACUCCUUUUCCCCCAGCCCUCAUCUUUAUUUUUCAUGUGAUCAGGAUACUGAAUAGAGGAAAGUAGCUUUAUUUUUUUAAAAAAGGAGGGAAAGAACCUAUUGUCUGCAUACACUGGAUAUUGAAAUUAAAAUGGAGGUGGGUGGUUUUCUAGGUCUGUGCCAUUUUUCCACAGAAUCCUGUUUCAUUAUAAUUCUUAAUCUGCAUCAGGGACCGUGUGUUUUCUAAGGCAGAGAUACAAAAGAUUUUAUGUGGCCUAUUAAGAAAAACUUUUAUCACUUGCACAGAGUAAGCAAUGCUGUGAAUCCGUCCUGACUGAAUCACUGAGACGGUGGCUGGGGGGGUGGGUUGCGUGUGUGUGUUUUGGGUUUGGGGGUAGGAA